UAGCUAGAAAUGCUCUAGCAACAUCGGUCAAAUCUAACGUAACCUAAAAAUUGGUGAUUCUUUAGCGUAAAUAAAAAAUUAAAUAAGUAUAAAUUCUUUUAGUUUUUCAACGUUAAUGAAAUUUAAAUCAGAAGAUGUGUAAACCGCGUAACAAAAAGAUCAUAGGUACCUAAGGAAGUAUUUCCAUUGCAAACACUUAAGUCUUAGUAGCUUUCCUUUCAGCAAAAUGGAUUCUGUGUGGUUUAGAGCAGAGUUGUCUGAUGAAAUAAUACGGAAUGAAGACAUAUUCGCUAAAACAUCGAGUAUUGUUACUGACAUAAUAUCUUUUCACAUAGACAUAACACGCCUUGUUGAAAAUAUGGCCGGAGUCCUUACAAACAAAGAACCUGAAAAUCGUGAAAAAGGAAUGAGAUUCUAUACCAAAAUCUUAAAAGAAUUACCAAGAGAUUUCUUAUCGGAAAAGCAAGUUAAAUAUAUAACAAGAUUUUAUAUCGACCGUUUAAAGGACAACCAUAGAGUUAUACCAUCAGUUUUAGAAGGAUAUUUGGCUAUCAUUGAUAUGAAGAACUAUGAUGUGCAGGGUAGUGGGGAAUUCUUUACUAUGCUGUUUAGAGAAGUACCGUGCCAGUCACAAGUGAGACAAGACAGGCAGAAUAUCUAUUUGAUUAUAAAGAGGUUACUAGAGAAAGAUAUUGAAUACAUGAAAACUUUGGGGCCAGACUUUGUCUAUGGAUUCAUAUCAGCAAUGGAUGGAGAGAGGGACCCACGUAACUUACUGUUUCUAUUUGGAUUUCUUCCAACGUUCCUGAGACAUAUACCACUUGGACAUUUAGUUGAAGAAAUGUUCGAAGUGAUCUCAUGCUAUUAUCCAAUUGAUUUUCAUCCAUCACCGGAAGAUCCGGCAGCUGUGUCCAGACAAGACUUAGCGGAUGAACUGUGUCCGUGUUUGUGUGCUAUACCACAGUUUGGGGAGCAUUGCCUGGUAUUGUUGUUAGAAAAGUUGGAUUCCAGCUUAAGGUUGGCCAAACUUGAUUCAUUGAAGCUAUUGGAAAAAAGCUGCAAGACAUUUCACCCAGAAGCUUAUGAUCCCUUCCUGAAAGCUUUAUGGUCUUCAGUGAACAGGGAAAUAUCUCACAAAACCGAUGAGGAACUAAAAAUGGCUGCCCACCAAGCAUUAUCAGCAUUAGUUGCUAAAUUGGCAACUUCUUGCAACACAAGUCAAUCAUUCGAGAAUUUCGUUAAAGGAAUACUUAUCUCCAUGCAAACUGCUAUAGCAGAGGCCUCCACAGUCGCACAGUUUGUUCAAGCUACUAAAGUACUACUGACAACUGCAAAUGCUUCAAAAGAAUCUUGUGUUCUCAUAACCAAAUCCAUGAUACCUGCUGCUCUGGCAUUUUACGAACUAAACCAAACUCGGAAACUACAAAUAGCAACAUUAGAUUUUCUAGGUGAUCUAUAUGAACUGGCGGUACAUUGGGAAGUAUUAGAUGAUAUCGAAAAGCAGGUCAUUGAAAUACCUCAGUUAUGCUUGACAGCAGUCAGCCAGCCUGAUAAGGAAUACCAAAUAGCAGGUUUCAAAGCGAUGAUAAGAGUAAAGAAAGUCAUAGAAACAGAAUUAAUUGUGCCGUUUGUCGAAGUAUUGAUUCAUAAUAUCCAACAUAGUCAAGAAAAUGAUGUUUUAAGCGUAAGUGUGGAGGCAGUUCAUGCUUUAGCUAGAAAAUACCCGGAAACUAUCAUGGCAUUGGUGGUCAAAGGGAAAUGUGAUUUAGAAAACUUGACUCAAGACAAAACUGGUUUGAAAAAACGACUGAAUUUACUCUCAAACUUGGCAAGUAUAGAUGAUUUUACGAAAGUAAUUAUAGAGGAAAUGUUGAAAUUGAUCACUUCAAAAGACCAGGAGGCCUUAAAAGUUGUAGAGGCACUAAGUGAAUCCAUGUCUAAUUCAAGUUUGUACAGUGACCAAAAAUUGAUGCAAAUCGAGAGUGACCACGGUCUCAUAGACUCCAUACUUUCCUGGCUUAUAAAUGAGGUGCCUUUAAACACACUAGACUCCUUAACCCAUGGAUAUUCCUUGAUUUCUACAACUAUAGCCAGUUUGCCAGCUGAGAAGCAAUGUAAUAUUCUGGCAAAACACACACAAACGGUUUUAGAAAAAAGUAAAAACGAAGAAUGUUAUUUCCUCACCUUAGAAUCUUUGUAUAACUCUUUGCAUACAACAGUUUUUGAAACUAAUUUUCCUGAGAUUAUGUUGUUAAGUUUGAAAUUGUCGUUAUCUUCUGAUGAUGAACUUACUAGAAGAAAAGCAUGCAGUUUAGUAGCUCAUUUUAUGAACAAAGCAGAAUACGGCCAAAAGUUCGAUAUUUUAUAUGAUCAAUUGAAGAAUCAUUUGACAACUUGUAAUAGAGAUAGUGAGAAAUUGUGUCCAAGACUUAUAAUGCUGUAUGGAUGGAUAACCAAAGCUUUGGUAUUGAGAGGAAGCAAUCUAUUCCAGUUUUGGUUAGAAAAAAUAACAAAAGUCCUAUCAAUACCAGACUACAGCCUAGCCAGCGCUGAAGCGAUCUAUCUCAUCAUGACCGAUGACCCCGACCAUUUGACCCCCAAGCACCACUGCCGAAUAAGCUUACUAUACAGACAAAGGAUGUAUCAGAGCUUCUCAGCUUUGGCGAGUAAGCUGGAAGUGACCGAUGGUACGAAGGAGAAUGUGUUACUUAGCUGGGCCUAUGUGUUGGCUAAGGCGCCUAAGACUGUACUUAAUAGUGAGGUUAAUAAGGUCGUGCCCCUAGUGAUCGAUUCCCUACAGUACGACAACAAGGAUCUGUUACUCGUCAUGACCGAUGUGCUAUCGUAUCUGGUGCAAGCAAAACACGCCACCGUGGCUGAUAGUAUACAGACCAUUUUGCCACGGCUGGUCAAUUUAUCCAAAUAUGUUAAAUCUAUGGACGUCAGAAUAAAAAGUCUCCAAUGCCUAUUCGACAUAGCGCACACUUACCCCACCAUGCUCCUGCUUCCAUUCAAGCAAGACGUGUUGUUAGACCUGGCGCCAUCUCUCGACGACAAGAAGCGCCUCGUGCGCAACAUGGCCGUGAAGGCGCGCACGAGGUGGUUCCUCAUUGGCGCGCCGGGGGAGGAUAAGACGAAUUGAACCAAUAGGAAUUAUGUGAAAAGACUUGAUGGCCUAUCGACAUCAUAGAAAAAUCGAAUAUCCUUAUCUGUUUCUUUAAUUGCUGUUGCAUAUUCGAGCGAUAGAGAGGCAUGAUAUAUAACUAUUUUUAAUUUUUCAAUGUUGGCGGCAGAGCUUCAGACUAAUUUUUUUUUGUUAUUUUUUUAAAAAUAUCCAGUUCUAUACCUCGAAUUCAGGUAAUUGGCUACUUAAAACGUCUUCCAAAUUUUAAAAUCGAAAGUUAUAUAUGGCAAGAUUGGCAAGUAAAGUUUGGCAUUUAAACUGUCACAAAAUGGCCUCUCAUCGUUUUUCCCCUAUGUUUCUCGUAAUUAUUACUUAUGCAUGAAUAGUAGCAAUGAGUCUACAAAAAAGUUAAUAUAAUAUUGUUAAUGCAGGAAUAUACGCAAAUAAAUAUCAUGUUAUAACGGCA